CCACGUGUCAACUCCUGACAGCUUUCUCUACAGAGGAUCCAUGCAGCAGGAUUCAGCAUUGAUAGUGGAUACUAAUAGACACUAGCCUCUAACAACGUAGCAGCAUGUCACAAUGUCACUGGCCUAAGAUUUAACAGGAGUGAUGGAACAGUGUUCCGGAAGGAUUUGCAGUGGUUGCCCAGAGAGGCAAACAGAUCCGAAAAUCAGACACGUGCAUGCAGGGGAGAUACCCCCGUGGAACUACUGCAGUUGUAGCUGUCAUGCCGUCCUAGACUCAGGAGUAUAAUUCUUGGCGACGGGUUCAUAAUUUUGGACGACGGGCAACCCCGCAAAAAACAACCCUGUCGUAGUCUGGAGAGCAUUCUGAGAGUGGCCCAAACGCGGAGAGGGGAAAUCCGAAGGAUCCGGAGAAGCCCCCAUCUGGAAUUUCUGGGUAUAUCCCCAGGCAAAUUACCCGGAAUUAGCCAGAAAAGGGCUUGAGAACGCCUCGGCAACCUCGACAAGGGAGCAGCCAUGUCUCUACCUCCAAGCAGCCGACAAACCGAGAGAAGCCGUCGAGCUUCCGCUCCACCGAGCCGAGAAUACGGAUAGAACACGAAAGAUAUUCUCGGCAGGCGUGCGUCUGGGCGAGUGAUUUGCUGCGUUUGGGAAAAGCAGCUGUCAGGUCAGAGUCAUGGCCUCACCGUAGCCCAGGACGUAGUUAGCAGGUCAACCUAGGCUAGACUGCGCCGUCUGAAGCUUCCCAGGGAUCGUGAGCAAGCCGGGGUUGCGAUUGGCGGAAUGUGAGAAUCGCGUUACGGAUCAAGUUCCAGGUGGGUCCCAGGUGGGGACUGCAGAAGCCAGUCAUAGUGUUCAACAGCGGUUGGGGCAUGGGGCGCGUUGCCGGAUUUGGGUAUAUCCGAGGCCCGCCCCCGAGUCGGCACGCAGAAUCGGGAAGGAGCGAUGCAUCCAGUGCCAUCCAGCCAUGGACCAACAGUAGCAACCAUGGAUAAUCAUAGCCCAAAUAUUAAUCUUCCCCAUGUCUCGCGCUCUCCACCACAGCAUCCCCGCAAUCUUUCCGGUGUAACUUAAAUAUUUGCCCUUCCUGCCUGCCUCGCAGAUUUUUCUCCUCCCAACGCCGCCACCACCACCUCCAUAUACCACAGCUCACCUCUCUCUCACCCCUCCCUUUCUUCACACAACGUCAACAUGGCCACGCAAACAGACCGGAACUCUACCUUCGACGACAAGGACUCGCCCUCAAACUCCUCUGAUACUCCCCCUCAUCCCUCCAUGACCCGCGAGGAGCAUGAGGUCGCCACGGCCGCUGCCCGCUUUGGCUAUGGUCCCCUGGCCAAGGUCAAUCCCACCGAAGCGCGUCUGCCGCCCUUCGGUGGUGAGUUCCAACCCGGUCUGUACAAGCCCGUCGAACGUCGCAAAUUUGCAAACCCUGCUCCCCUGGGUCUCUGCGCUUUCGCCCUCACCACUUUCGUCCUGAGUGCCAUCAACAUGGGUGCUCGCGAUAUCACAGAGCCCAACAUCGUCGUUGGUCUCGCGUUCGCAUAUGGUGGUCUCGUUCAAUUGCUGGCUGGCAUGUGGUAUGUCUCACCCACCCGUCUCAUCUCAUCGUAUCCAUGUAGCCCCGGCAGAAUUGCUAACAUAUCUUCUCUCCACAGGGAAAUGGCUGUCGGGAACACAUUUGGUGCCACCGCGCUGUCCUCAUACGGCGGAUUCUGGUUAUCCUUCGCGGUCAUCUUGACCCCGGGUGGCUUCCAGAUCCAGCAGCAGCUGAACGGUGCUGACCCGGGCAUGUUCCCCGCCUCCAUGGGCCUUUACCUGAUGGUGAGCCUCUUCUUUCUUUUGUUUCUGUGGAUCCACGUUAACCCUAUUAGGGCUGGUUCAUCUUCAACACCAUCAUCCUCUUCUGCACUUUCCGGUCCACAGUGGCCUUCUUCCUGUUGUUCUUCUUCCUCGAGAUCACCUUCCUCAUGCUCGGUGUCGGAUAUCUCUUCCACGACCCCCAGGGCCAUCCACACACCCACCUUAUCAAGGCGGGCGGUUUCUUCGGCCUCCUCACGGCCUUCGUUGCCUGGUACAACGCCCUGGCCGGUAUUGCCGACUCCAGCAACAGCUUCUUCAUCAUCCCUGUCGCUCACUUCCCCUGGUCCCCCAAGGGUCGUGCACGCAGGGGCAAGACGGACCGCGAAGUCGCCUGACCGGGUGCUGCAUGUCGUAUACUUUUUGGGUAUUUGGAUAUAAUAGUUUGGUGUUGGGAUUGUCUGGAAGAAUCAGUGGAUGCAUACUGGAUUUAAUCGGGUUCAGACUCACCUUAUAUAUAGUUAAUUCAUAUGACUGACACAUUUAUCCGAUGUAUAUAUAUGUAUAAGUGGAUACUGGUCAAGAGAUUACUGGAGACAGGAUCUUAAUGAACAACACUCCCCAUAGACAACACCCAGGGCAAAACAGAAGAAACA